GUACAUCCUAUGGAGCAGUGGUUAAACUUAUCUGCAGCUCCACCGGAUAAAGCUCCCAAUACAGAUGUACAAUACAAUCUUGAGCAAUCAGAUCUCAAUACUCCCAAAAACAGAUGGCAGAAGCGGAGACUUCACUGGUGCGUUUCGGAAUCGUUGGCUGCGCCAACAUAGCACGCAAGGUGUCGCGCGCGAUUCUCCUCUCUCCCAACUCCACCAUAGUCGCCGUCGGCAGCCGCUCACAAGAGAAAGCCACCGCGUUCGCGAAGGAUAAUGGGUUCCCGCCCUGGGCCCGGACCUACGGCUCGUACGACGCCGUCUUGGACGACCCGGCGGUGGAUGCCGUGUACAUCCCGCUCCCGACAAGCCUGCACCUUCGCUGGGCGGUCUUGGCGGCUCGGAAGAAGAAGCACGUGCUGCUGGAGAAGCCGGUGGCGCUGAACGUGGGAGAGCUGGACAAGAUCCUGGCGGCGUGCGAAUCGAGUGGGGUGCAGUACAUGGAUGCUACCAUGUGGAUGCACCACCCGAGGACAGCCGAGAUGAAGGCGUUUAUCAACGAUUCCCAGCGUUUUGGCCGGCUGAAGGCGGUACACAGCAUAUUCUCAUAUAACAGUGGCCCUGAUUUUCUAAACAACGACAUUCGUGUGAAGCCAGAUCUCGAUGCACUUGGUGCUUUAGGGGACACUGGCUGGUACUGCAUCCGGGCCAUAUUGUGGGCUGCGGGCUAUCAACUCCCCAAAACCGUGACAGCUUUACGGGAUGCUGAGUUCAAUGAAGCCGGCGUAAUCCUGUCCUGUGGGGCCUCCUUGCUCUUCCACGAUGGUAUACUCGCAACCUUCUAUUGUUCUUUCCUAAGCAACCUGACUAUGGAAAUCAGCGCCCUUGGAACCCAUGGGUUUUUGCGGGUCCAUGAUUUCACAAUACCCUUUCAAGAAAAGGUGGGCCCGUUUUACGUUCAUGCAAACACCAAAUUUGCUGAGCUUUCGAUUGGGAUCGAGCCAGGCCCGACCGAGCACCUUGUUGCUACAGAUCUUCCCCAAGAGGCUAUGAUGGUGAAGGAGUUUUCGAGUCUGGUGGAGAAAAUAAAGGUACAUGGCUUUGGGACUGAUAAGAUUUGGCCGACUAUUAGUAGGAAAACUCAGGUAGUGGUGGAUGCUGUGAAGGCGUCGAUUGAGAAGGGGUUCGAGCCUGUUGAGGUUGCGUAUUAGUAGUUGUGACUGUUUAACAUAUAUUGUAUUAUAACCAGGUUUUAUAGCCUUAGUGACAGCCAUUAGGCAGUAAAAAGAACCUUGGCAUAUUAGGCAUUAGCCUUAUGAGUCAUAUCUGCUGGAUGAGGUUUGAGAAUUUUCACAUAAUGUCGACUCGAUCAUUUGUGAUAGUUACCACAAUUUCUUUUCUCAGUCGAGAUGAAUCGUCGUCUUAUUUGUGAUAAUUAAUUGUAAGAAUAUGUGGCCCGAAAGCAUUGGGCUCACAUUUAAUUAUACCAUUGGGCUAGACUUUUAUUUAAUAGUCAAACAAAUCUAAGCAAUUUAUCUGGAUAUUUGAUGGACGUGCCAGAUCUAAAACACUCCUAUAUAAAUUAGUCCUCUCUCCUCCUAUUAGGUACGCAGUAAUUAUUCCAUUACUUUUCUGCUACGUUAAAAAAGGUCAGGAGGGAGAAAUUGAUUUAGAUCUACUAACCAAUCGAUUCAACCCCGUGUUAUCAUCAAGAUCAAGAUCACAAAUUACCUGUCCUCC